AUUUCAAUUUGUCAAUCGUGAGAUUUGACAAAAAGGAAAAGUAAUUGAAAUCUGUUUUUAAACAAAUAAUUUUAUUAUAAAAUUAAAUAUUAUUAUUAAUGUUUGAGAUAGGAAACGUAUAAUCAUAAGGACGCUAAAAUGCAAAAGAUGGCAAGAGAUUACGACCACUUAUUUAAAUUACUUAUAAUAGGAGACAGUGGUGUUGGUAAAAGUUCAUUAUUAUUAAGGUUCUCUGACAACACAUUUACAGGAAGUUAUAUAACUACUAUAGGAGUAGACUUUAAAAUAAAAACUGUUAAUGUCAAUGGUCAGAAAGUGAAGCUACAAAUUUGGGAUACUGCUGGUCAAGAGAGAUUUAGAACAAUCACCAGCACUUAUUACCGAGGUACACAUGGAGUUAUAGUUGUAUAUGAUGUUACCAAUGGAGAAAGUUUUGCAAAUGUUAAAAGAUGGCUUCACGAAAUUGAACAGAACUGUGAUUUAGUUAAUAAAGUAUUAGUUGGAAAUAAAAAUGAUACUCCAGAUAGGAAAGUGGUGCUUACAGAGGAUGCUCAAAGAUUUGCCGAUACAAUGAACAUUAAAUUAUUUGAAACAUCAGCAAAAGACAACAUGAAUGUUGAAGAGAUGUUCCUAUCAAUAACAAAAUUAGUGUUACGCUCAAAAUUGGAGAUGCAAGAAAGACAGAAUAUCAAUUCAAAUGAUACAGUUAAUUUAAGGAAGUCUAACAAACAAGGGAAAAAGAAAAACUGUUGUUAGCUUAUAACAUUUCCAAUUUAUAUUUAGGUGUGGAUGUAUAAAAGGAUGAAUGGAUCUAUAGCUAUUUUUUAAUAUGCAAUAUUCAGAUCGUAGUCUGACAUAGCUUCAGUAAAUAUUUGAUAUGAUUGAUCUUCAGGGUUUUUUUAGUUAGUACUGGUUUUGUGAUUUUUUGAAAAUAAGGUCCAAUAUUUAUUUUUUAAAUAAAAGUGUACUGAAAAAUCAUAUCACUAAAAUUAGCAAUAAGUUAUAUGAAACAAGGGCUGAAAUAGUUAUUUUGUUUAUUAAAUGUUACUCUUUCGAUGCAGCUGAUCAAUUAAUUUUGUAAUGUGUCUCUUUAUUGACUACUCUCUGUCACUAUCUUUUUUAAUCUUAUGUUGUAAAAAAUAUUAAUAAAUUGGUCCUUGGAUUAUGUAGCAGAAAUAUUUGAUAACUUUGAAAUAUUUGCAACACCUCUUAUUAGUUGAAAAUGUUCUAUUUAAACCAUUUUUGACCUGAGACUCUCAUAUAUUUCUGAUUUUUUUUCAUACUGAGGCAGUAGAAUUAUUGGUUGUUCCAGCAACUACAUCAAUAGUUAUUACGUACCUGUACCUUAUAACCAAUAUGUAUGGGAAUAUCUAUUUGAAUUAAUUGCAAUUGAAAUAAUUUUUGGUGCUCAAAUUAGUGUUCAAGCUAUAAAACUAUGGAAAGUAGUUACUAUUUAACUUCACUCUAUAUACACCUCAACAUGCCUUAUAGGCUCAAGGCUUGGAGUCCCUCUACUGCUUUCUAGAUCUUUACAUGCUUCUAUCCAUGUUUUUGUGGACGCCCUCUUUUCCUUUUCCCUAUAAGGAUCUUCGUCUAUUCUGUAAUCUGUUUGCUUUGAUUACACAUCCCAUCUCAGUUUGCCCAUCCAGUAUUUUGAUCUCUGCGGUAAUUCUUCUCCACUUAUUUUGCACAGCACCAUUGAUCUUGUAAAUGUGUAACUUGGCGGCUCCUGAAAUAUCUUUUGAUCUUAUAGUCCUUGAAGGGCGUCAAAUAUUUUGCUCCCUCUCGCCAAUAUUUUGUCAAUUUCCCUAGUUUCACCUCCUUUAUUUGUCACUGUCACUCCUAGGUAUUCAAACUCCUGGACUUUAUUAAAUGUAUACUCCCUGUUUUGGUCCGUCAUCUCUUUUAAUUGGUGGAAGAUUCAAAUUUAAAUCCCUUAUAUUUGGUCAUUUAUGUGUAGUUUUACUUUCUUUUCAAAGAGUAGAAACAUUUUUUCUAGAUCUUUUUUCGUAGAAGUACCACAUCAACUGCAAAGAUUUGUUUUGUUAUUGGAAAUCAUAACCCUGGGUUCGGAUGCCACUACUUCUCUGGAUCAUUUCUAUAAACAAGUUAAAGAGCACUGUUGAUGGAGGAUCUCCUUCCUUUAAAUCUCUCACUUGGGUAAUCAGGAACAAAUGGGAGAUUAGGAUAUAGUUUUUUAUUAAAAAUAUAUAAUUUGAAAACUAUAUUAAAUUAAAAAAUUACAUGAGCUUACACAAAAAUAUUUAGAACAUUUUAAAUUAAUUAUCAAGACAAUAAAACAAUCUUUGUUCAGUGAACAAGUUGAUCCAAAAAACUUUCCAUAUUCCACUGUAUCUAAGGUAACAAUAAACAUUUAUAUGAAAUUUACAACUCAUUUUAAUUGCAUCAUAAAUUAUGUUAUCUCGUUUUGCUACAUUUGGCAUUGAUUUUGGAUUAUAAAAUUUAAAAACAAUGCUUUUUCAACACUAUGAAAAUUGAUUCAUGUUUAAACUCAAUACUAACAUUAUAUUCAGCCAAACGGUAUUUAAAUAAGCUUUCAGUCAACACAUGUUUCAAGAUAACUAUUGUAUAGAUUUUUACAAAAUAACAUAUUUUUAUAGUUAUUCAACAGCAAUCAGAAUUUUCCAUCAAUUAACCCUACCUUAGUUCUCUCCAUUGAGAAUUUUCUCCACUGUUUUCCAAAUCUGCUGUGCAUCUUUACUUUAGUUUUCUGUGAUAUUUCUUUUGUAUUUAUGUUUUUAUUUGAUGAUGGUGCGUGUUUCUAAUCAUUCUGAUUUUUCAUUUAUGUUGUAACGGACUGUUGUGACUUAUUUGGGGUAUCCAGAAACUCUUCUAAACACAGAUACUAAAUUUAGUUUUAUCUCCAUCUAAUUUAUUUAUAUUAAAAAAUUACUAUGAAGAGGAUGACAAUUAUUAAUAUUGUGAACUAUUGAAUAUAUUACUACUGAAAAUUAAUGAGAAAAUUUGAUUAAAAUCAUGAAUCUGCUCCAAAAUGGGUUUAUUUAAAUUAUUUGGCAAUAAAAAAUUGCUUUUCAUUCAAAACAUGAUUCAUAACUAGGAAUAACUAAAGGAUUGGAGAAAUUUAAGUUUGUACAAGAAAUUAGACCCCAAAAAGACUCUUUGCAUUCCAAAUACAUCUCAUAACCAAAAAUAAUCACGAAACUGAAGAAAUUCAAGAUAUUGCAAGAUAAAGCAUGAAUUUUUGCAUUCAAAAUAUUAAAACCAUCACAAUUAUUAACAUUGUGAACUGUUGAAUGUGUUACUACUGAAAAAUUAUGAAAAAAUUUGAUUUAAAAUUGUAAAUCUGUAAUUGAGCUCCGAAAUAGGAAUAAUAAUAAAUUUUAGCUUUGGAAAUCUUAGAAAACUGUGAACUGCACUAACGAAUUUUUUUGUUGUAUAGGAAGACAUGUGUAAAAUAAAAUUUCUGGUUAUCAAAUAUACCAAUUUAUAAUAACUUACUUCUAAUAUAUAACUGAGCUAUGUCAUAUUAUGAAAUCGAAUAUUAGUUUAGAGGUCCCUGUAUAUAACAAAUUUGUAUAUACAAAGUUGUUUAUUUAUAACAGCGAAAAUAUUUUUACAGAGCUCUCUAAAGUCGCAGCAAAGACCAAAAAAAAGCAGAGUGAUAUUUUAUAAGAGCUAUUUGUUUAAUAAAAAAAUAUUUCUAUCAUAUCUAAUAGUUCAGACGUCAGGUUUUAAUGGUCACAUAUUGAGUAUUAUAUAUUUUUUACACCCAUUCAUCAUUCAACCCUUGUAAGCUAUUCAUUUUUUGCCACCUCUUCUGACAUCCAAAAUUCCAUAUUUUAGUUCGAAAUUAUCUAAAAUAUAUACAAAACUAGAUUUCAUGUAAUAUCCUUGAUUAUUUUCGUGGUAAAAAAUUUUUAAAAGACAUUAUUUUAAGCAAAGAAAAAUUCAAUAAUCACUACUUUUAAACUAAGGUAAGAUAUAUUUUAAAACUAAAGCUUACAUGAUCAGUAAUGUUGCCUCAUAUUUUUGAUUAUACUCACAGUUUAACAACAAUAAAAUAUUUUUUCUCAAUAAUAUUUUCAAGUUGAUUUAUAAAAACAAGAGAAGCUUUCUUUUCUUACCUGAAUAAUUGGUCGCUGGUGAACACAGUCAGGCAUACUUGAUACAAAUACUCAGGUAGAAUUUUUGGUACCAAUGAUGAUUUUUAUUGAACGGACUGUUAACUAACACUAUGCCAACACUCGAAACAGUUAGAAUUUUUGGUACCAAUGAUUAUUUUUACUGAACACACUGUUAACUACCACUAGACCAACAUUCAAACAGUUGGAAUUUUUGGUACCAAUAAUGAUUUUUACUGAACACACUGUUAACUAACACUAUACCAACAUUCAAACAGUUAGAAUUUUUGGUACCGAUGUUGAUGAUUUCUACUGAACUAGUAUGCAAGUAAUAGAAUAUUCCAGUGAACUUUUUGAAAGGGUUUAAUUGUUUUUGUAAACUUCCCUUCUUUCUAAUGUCAUAGAUAAGUCGAUUGCAAUUGGUUUUUAAUAUGAACGAAAAAUAUUAAAAUUCAGAAAAAUAUCUGGCGUCUGAGCUAAAAUGAUUUCUGCAAUUUAAAGUGUGAUAGAUGAGUUAAUAAGUGUGUUUGUACAAAUUAUAAAUAAAACCAAUGAUAAUUCUCAAUGUUAGCCAAAAUUUUUCCAAUUUUUAGUAAGAUAUCUACUCUUCCAUUUUUAAAUUUUGUUAUGUCUGUAUCGUUUUUAUUAUUUGUAUUGUACAUAAGAAUUUUUUGUAUCCACCCAUAGGUUUUAACCAAUUGAAACGUUAUGUUCAGUCUUUCAGUAUUGGUGUAUAUUUUGACAGGGGUAUAAUAACAUUAAUAACUGUCAGAAGAACUCACUGAUUGACAGGUGUAGCUGUAUUAUGUAAGUAGGUGUCGCGAAGAUUGCGUAUAGCUGGAAUUUAGCCAAGAUUACGUCAGGUUGAUGAUUGACGAGGGUAAGACAAGGCCCAAUCCUUGAAGCAAAGGAAUCUGACAGGCGAAGAAUGCGUACACCACCAAUAUAGGCUGUUGACAAGAAAUUUUGUACUUUUGUUAGUAAUUUACACUAAUAAUAUUAUAUAUUAAUUAAUAUAUUAAUUAUAGUUAGUAAGUUUCAUCAGUAAGAACUGGUUUGUUGUUUAAGUCAGCUAGGGGUGUUUCUCGAUGGUGUAUGCUUUCUUCAUUUGCCACUUUCCGCUGCCUUAAAGGUUAGGUUUUGUCUCACCCUUGUAAAACAUCAACUUGGCGUAAUCUUCGCUAAAUUCCAGCUAUACAAAAUCUUCGCAUAUUCUCUAAGUACCCCGUUAUGAAAUAUUUUAUGUAGCUUAUUGUGUUAUUAUAUGUAAAAAAUUUCAAAAAAAUGUAACUAUUUAGAAAAUACUCUAAAAGUUAGAUACAAAAAUGCGGUCUGGAUGGAUGUAAUGAAAAUUGUUUAUGAAAUUUAUUUAUAUACAUCAGUGGCGUACUCUGAAAUAAUUGUCGGGAAGGGGAUCAGAAGGAACUGUAACAAAAAUUGGUACUUGAGAUUUUCAUAGAUAAAAGAUCUUAAUAAGUAAAACGUUUUACUAAUUAAAAAUGUAUGAAUACAAAAUUAUGCCGUUUAAAACUACAUCCACAGUAUUUUAGUUUACUUAAAGAACUGCCGAUCUCUUCCUUCCCAUAUUAGUACGCAAAUGUAAUUUUAGAUAUUUUAAAUUUUCGAAAAUAAUCAAAAAUAUUUGUAAAAUCCUUUUUAUAUUAUAUUAUAAAAUGGUUUAAAUCACAUUUUGAAUACACUUUUUCUGGAGAUUCCUUCAAGUCAGUGCGACAGUCAAUGUGAUUUAACAUAUCAUAUUCCAAUAAAAAAUGUUCAAAAAUAGUUUGGAAAUAAUUUGAUGUGUUUCUUAUUUUCUUGAUCUGCCAACUUCAACGCUUUUUACAAAGAUUUAGAUGAAUUUUUUGAAGUAUUUUGCUCAAGGAAAGUGAAUAAGCAUUUAACCUUUUCAACUACAUUAUGCGCAAUCCGUAGUUUCAUUUACUUCUAUAUUCCUCCUGUUCAAUAGGAAAAAAUGGAGGCAGAAGUUCAGAACACCCACACUAAUCAUGUUUGGGUUUAGGUGUUCUUUCAGCUUGUGGAAAACAUUGUUGAACUUAUGCUGAACAUCCCACACCAACCAUGUUUGGGUUUAUUCUUUCAGCUUUUGAAAAACAUUGUUGGACAUGUGCUAAGUAUCCCAUACCAACCAUGUUUGGGUUUAUUCUUUCAGCUUGUGGAAAACAUUGUUGGACAUGUGCUGAGCAUCUCACACCAACCAUGUUUGGGUCUACAUGUCCCUUCAGCUUGAGGGAAACAUUGUUGAUUUUAUAUUUUCCAAAGUUUUAAACCCGGAUUACAAAUGAAGUCCUAUUCGGAUGCUCCCCGGACGCCCUCUAAACUAGAACAAAUCCGGGGAAACCCAGAUGGAUGGCAACUUUAACUGUCCAAAACAGAAUACUGUUGACAUUUGAAAGUAUUUUAUAUUAAAAAAUCUAACUUGAACUCUCAAUAAAUAAUUUUUACUCAUCAUUAUGUUAGUACAGUACUAAUAGUACUAUUAAGUAUCCUUAAGAAAGCAAGUCAUUUUGCUAGUUGAUCAUCCAACUAAACCUAGAUAUUUAACUGUUUACAAUUUACAAUAAUAUUGAAGUAAUAACCAGUUUACAAUAGGUGCCAAAACUAUGGCUUGGUUAUUAUUUUAUUUAUUUUCGUGAUAGGUACCUAAUAAUUCAAAUUUUUAAAAUAAAAUUCAUCCUAUAUGGCAGGUGUUGGUACAGUAUAAUAUUUGUAUCCAACCAAAAAAACUUCCUUUCACUCUUACAUUCCCAUGGUAAAGAGGUACUACACUAUUGAACCCCAAUUUAUGUUCAAAUGAUCCAACUGAAACACUACUUGCCAAAGAACUAGAAUGCUUCUGCCAUUGGUUUGUUUUGGGAAAGGUAGUGGCUGUCUGUUUACAUUACAUUCGUAUUUUUGCUGUUGGAGAAAGAUAUUGAGCGCAAUGCCCCUAAAAUUUAGAAUAACAAUUUUUCGAAGAACGUGUAGUCAUGGAUACAAUUAGUUCUUCAUACUUUUCUAAAGAAAAAUUCAAAAAAGUCUCUUUUUACUACUAAGAAUAUAGGUUUUAAAAGUUUGGAUGGACUCUAAUUUAUUCCUUUUAUUUAAACAAAACUCCAAUUUGUUUCAAGUUUUGCUUCAUACAUCAUCUUUAUAAAGCGUGUAUUCACUGUAAAAAAAUUGAAAAUAUGAAUUAGUUCGUAUCUGAUAAAAUUUUCAAAACGUAUAGGUUUUGUUUCAUUAUAUUUUUAACUGUGACUGUCUACAAAGGAAGAAUGAAAUUGUCAAGAUGUCAGUUCAAUACCCUGCAUCCACUGCUAUGUAACUUGCAGCAUUAUUAAUAUUUAGCAGUGGUACUAAUUAGGUCAUAAUUUAUUUAUAAAUCAUGGUGUUAUUUCUUUAUAUAUCUGGCAAUUAUCCAUGAAUUUGUUACAUUAGAUAUAGAAGAAACCUUCCUUAUUUUGGAAAUAAACAAUAUUUUGUUUCCCACUUGUGGAAAACGAUUUACAAUUCGAAAAUUUCGGACACAUAUCAAGAAUACCACCAUGAAUAUUAAAAACUGGAUAUUUUAUGGCAAAAUUAUAUAAUUUUAAAGUAUAACCUAAAAUAGGAUGGAAAUUAAUCAAUUCAAGUAGCUGGUUAACAAAAAUGAAAUUAGAUAUUACAUUGGAUAGAAAACUUCUGAUUUGGUUCCAAAAGCCUUCCUACACCUUGUUUGUUCUACCUUUAUUUUUAUCGAUAUUUCUCAACUGAUUUUUAAAUUCUAAUUUUAAAAAAACAUUAUAGCAUCAGUAUAUAACCACUAAAUGAUGGCAAUCAGUAGCUCACUUUACAUUUUAUCCUGUUCCAGUACUAUUUUAAUCUAUUCUCAUUAUGAACCAUUAUUAAGAAGCUUUUAAUCAGUAUAAAUAAAAAAAUCUCCAACCUUUUACUUCUUAGACCUGUGCAUACGUUAUAGGUGAUGAUUGUGAUUUGAUUUUAGUUCUCUUUUCAUUGAAAAUCUGUUAUUUUGAACUGAUUUUCUAUAAAAAGAAAUAUAUCAUCACAAGAAAAAAAAAUUCUUCAUGGUUAAAUAUAUUGGGGAUGUUUGAAUAACUAAAUUAAUAUACUGUUACCGAAGAUCUAUGAAUAGUUAAAAAUUUGAAAAAUUAUAAUGUACUUGAUAUAUCGUACCAUUUUUACAUUCGAGUGAACUCCUUGCUAUAAACAGGAAAAUACUGAUUUUUAGAGAGCAUAUCAAUUUGCUGAGAAUCAUCCAUUGACAAUAUUAGAAAUAAACUUUUAUCCAAGAAUGCAUUAUUUUAAUUGCAAGUGUUGAAAAAUAUGUGUACCCUGUUUAUUUAAAAAUAAAUUGUAUAUUUGUUGUA